CGCUGUAUAAGAACUGCCAAUUUAAAACGUCAAACUUCUCAAAAGAGAAAUGUUUUCCUAAUUUUGUUAAAUUUUUUAACAUUUUUCAAAAAAUAGGAACAUGUAGAUUCCACGAAAUGUGUAUAAUAAAUUUAAUUUCGUAAAACUUUUGAAAAUGUAUUUCCCCGUGGGCUGGCCUAAAGUUUUGGAUGUACCCGAAUUGGGUCAAACGAAAAUUAAACAUAUUACUAGCAAUAGGGACAAAAUUUUGUUUGCCAUUUUAACUGACGAUGCUUUGGCCCUUUGGUUUUGUAAGCCGUGUGUACAAAUCGAUUUUCGACGGCGGACACCGCAAUCUAUUCAGGAUUUUGGUAUUAAUGUUAUAGUUGAGUGGAAACCUGACUCCAGUAUGCUUGUUAUUGUUACAUCCGAGGGUCAUUUAUUAUUUUACAAUGUAUCUGUUAACGCCGAUCAGAAAGGAGUGUACGUGUUGAAAGAUUCACCACAUGCGAACUUACGGAGAGACAGUGCAGAACUGUUCAUUAAGGAGGUCAUUCCUGCAUUGAGUUUAACAUUAAAUAAAGAAGUUUCAGUUUGGGAUGGUGCAAUAAGCAGUAUCGUCUGCAUCACCAUGACAGAAUUAAUGGUAGCUACUAGUAAAGGACAUGUAUUACGAUAUCAAUGGGAUGGAUCGCAAAACAGAGAUUACAAUUUAGAUUUAAGAAGGGUUCCGUUCUGUAUAAAUCAACAAGUUUCGAAAGCUAUUCCAAUUGUGGAAGAAAAUACGUACAUUGUUGAAAUGGAAUAUUCGCCUUUACUGGGAGGUUUUGCAAUUGCCUUGAACGAUGGACGGGCAGCGUUUUUAACAGCGUCUUCUUUAAAGUUUGAUCCAAAUCAAACCCAAGGUAUUUGGGCACAGGGAAUUGAAGAUGCCACCUGCGCAAGUGUUAAUCAUAAAUAUAGGCUGUUGACAUUCGGAAGAGCAAACUCGCAGUGUGUUGUGUACUAUAUUGAUGAGAGCACAGGAGGUUUAGAGCUUUCGCACCAUUGCAUUUUGAGCAGUAAAGAUUAUCCGGGUUGUCCGGGCGUCGUUAACCAGGUGAAGUGGACGCCGGACGGAUACGCAAUGGCCGCUUCAUGGGCAAGAGGUGGUAUAGCACUCUGGUCAACUUUUGGCGCUUUGCUUAUGUGUUCUUUGGGAUGGGAUUAUGGUUUACAUGUCGAUUUAGAAAGAUGCAAUCCUCUACAUGUCUCCUCUAUGGAAUGGGCGACUGAAGGGUACCAACUUUGGAUGAUACGCAAACACACCUACAGGAAUAGCACAGAAAAUGACCAAAAAGAUGUAAAUAGCAAUAGCGACGAAGAAGAUACGUAUAAUGUUAUACAACUUGAUUUUGUAAAGAGCGCUCUUACCAGCAAUCCUUGCAUGAGUCACCAAAGCCACUUAUUUUUGCAAGGAGACGAUCGUUUGUAUAUAAAUACUGCAUGUACGUUAAUUAAAUUAUUUUCUGAUCGUUUAGUUAAAGAUGACGGAUUGUUUACUGAAAACGGAACUAUUUCCGCUUCAUCUACUUUAGCGGAAGGCAGACAGUGGCUCGUUAUUCCGAUACCUUCAACUUAUUCGGCUACAAAUUGGCCAAUUCGUUAUGCUGGCAUUGAUCAUGAUGGCCAGAAUGUAGCUAUAGCCGGUCGUACCGGACUGGCUCAUUACUCGAUGCUAACGCGGCGUUGGAAAUUGUUUGGAAACGAAACACAGGAAAAGGACUUUGUCGUGACCGGCGGUAUAUUGUGGUGGCGCGAUUAUGUCGUUGUCGGCUGCUAUAGUAUGAUUGACAAUCGCGACGAAAUCCGUUGUUAUCCAAAGGAGAGCAAACUAGAUAAUAAGUUCGCUAAAAUUAUUAAAGUUUCGUCUCCCGUCCUGCUCAUAAAUAGUCUACUGGAUAACUUAAUUACUUUCGGAUCGGACGGUCAAGUUGUCAUUUGGUCUCUUAGCAAAUUGGACACGGUAGGAAACGUGGAGGCAGCGAGACUGCAGAUUAUCGAUAUAUCCGCUUUAUGUGUUCAUCCGGCGUGUGUUACUUCGGUAACGUUAACGUCACUUCGUACUGAAGCAAGCCGAGGACAUAGCCGCAAUUCGGAAAGCAUCGUGCUUAAUGUCAGUGGCCGGCUUUUAUUAGUGCAAAGGGAGUCCCGAAGCGGCGAUCGUUCUACGUGUACCAUGCCUACAGUCCUUGCCAGCUGUGUUGAAAGCGUUUGGGUUCCUCUGAGAAGUAAGGCCGAAAAGGUGCAUCUCACUGAAGCUUUGUGGCUGUUUUGUGGGUCACAUGGAAUGCGCGUUUGGCUGCCUCUAUUUCCAAAGGACGGAGAUAAAACUCACACGUUCAUGUCAAAGCGGAUAAUGCUACCGUUUUCUUUACGAAUUUACCCUUUAGCAAUACUAUUUGAAGACGCGAUAAUUCUCGGCGCGGAAAAUGACACAGUUUUAUACACCAGCGAUUGUAAUUCACCCUUUUCGUUACCCUUCAGUGUACUCCAGCGAACGAGCCAAGUGUAUCUGCAUCAGAUAUUAAGGCAACUUAUUAGGCGGAACUUAGGCCUCCACGCAUGGGAAAUUGCCAGGAGUUGUAAUAGUUUGCCCUACUUUCCUCACUCUUUAGAGUUAUUGUUGCACGAGGUUUUGGAGGAGGAGGCUACAAGCAAAGAUCCGAUACCUGACGCCCAACUGCCGAGUGUCAUAGAAUUUAUAAUGGAAUUUCCCGUUUAUUUACAAACCGUCGUGCAAUGCGCUCGUAAGACUGAAAUUGCCUUAUGGCCGUAUCUUUUCUCGGUCGCCGGAAAACCUACGGAACUUUUCCAACAAUGCAUGGCCAAAAGACAGCUCGAUACUGCGGCUUCGUACUUAAUCAUCUUACAAAAUUUAGAAACAUCAUCAGUCAGUAGGCAGUACGCAACAUUGCUGUUGGAUACCGCGUUAGAACAAUCAAAAUGGGAAUUAGCAAAAGAACUAGUCAGGUUUCUGAGAGCGAUAGACCCCAAUGACGUUGAGUCCCCACGUACUUCAUUUAUUUUGCCCGGAAAGUUGGCGUUGAGCGCUCAAAGUCCACCUGUUACGCCGGAUGCGGAUGAUCUCACUUUUAUACUUGGUAGUUUUCAAGGUCCCAGAGGACGCAGAUUCAGUAUGUCUGCGAAAAUCGCCGAGACCAAAGCAAUAAACAGCGUGUCUGAUGCUUCAACAGUGAUACGAAGGAAGAAGAACUCGUCAGUCAGUCGAAAUAGUGAAAGCAGAGAUGGCACCGCUGAGGAGUUUUUUAUUGACGUAAUACUCCAGAGACACGCCAGGCGGCUUCUGUCGGCGCAUCGCCUCACAGAUUUAGGUUACUUUGCGGCGCAUCUCGAUUUCCAUUUGGUCACAUGGUUGGUCAAGGAGCGAGGCCGUGCAGCGCGCAUUGACGACUUUGUUGCGGCUUUGAAACAUUUACACGACGAAUUUAAUUGGCCGUAUCCCGUCGCGACGGAUUUGACGAAUAUUACCGGUCCUCCAUCGACACCGACUACUCCGGAAAGUCCCACGCUCGACGAUCGGAUUAAAACCUUAUAUAUGGAUCCGCAAAACAAUAUGCAGGUGACGUCAAGCAGGGUCGGUGAUAGCGGCUAUGUCAGUUUUCCCGGUGGAUUACCGUGUACCGGAAUUUUGACAUCUCAAAACUUGGAGCGCUCAAGUCAAAGAGCGAAGAGCGAAAUAGAGGAGGAAAGUAUGGCAACGCAAACCGAAAUUAUAAACACGUCUGAAGAUAAUUACAUGGUAAAACAUGAUCCGAACGGUGACGUUUUAAACUCGCCCUACUUAUACGAUAGUAAAUUAGGUUUGCUCGAUAGAAAUGUCAAUUUGGAAAGCUCACAGUUAUUGGACGGUAUUAAGAAUGUGCCUAGUAAUGUAGUGGAAACCGUUCAAAGUUCUGUAACUUCAGUGUUCGACGAUGAUGCGGAUCGUGACAGUAUUUCGUGCAAUGAACACUGGGAAGUGCCGACGGCUCAAGUCUUAGAGCAGCUAUCGAAUUCUGGGGUGAAAGGAUCACAACGAGCUGAUGUGCAAUUAAGGUACUUGCUGCAACUGUUUAUGGAAGCAAGCUGUUUGGAAUGGUCUCUAUUGAUUUCAAUAUUAUUGCGAGACGCCAUGGCAGUGCUAAGAACAGUGAACGCCGCACGUACCUCCGAGCAAUCUAUUGAGGCUAUCUCACGAUUGAGGCAAGGUUUACAGUUACUUUGCUAUUGGACAUAUCGCGAAUGUUUGGGAUACAAAACAUUCAUGCUAGCAAUACAGAAUCAAAUUUCCGUCCUAACGAAAAUUCUCGCCACAAAAAUUCAGCAGCAACAAAUUCAAGAACACCAACAGGCCGUCUCCGCGACUUUCACCAAACAUAUGGCGCCCAUUCCUUCACGAUCUCGUAAGAGCAGCUCUAAUCAAGAUUCGACUAGUCAAAGUGGGACUGUUAAAGAGAAACGAGUUAACAGUUCGACGAGCCAUUCUGCCAACGAACGAUUAGCGGAGGUGCCACAGACUGAUUUAGAGGACGCCUUUAUUGAUGAUAGUUCGGUCGAUCCUGCAAGUACAGGGUGCAUAGUUUUGUAAUACGGUGUAAUGUACAAAAUUAAUUUUAAGGUUAUGAUCUGUCAAUUGUGUCGGUUUUUUUUUAUGUUAAUCUUUUGCAAUACGAAGUCGUCCAAUUCCUUAUUAUGGCAGCGUGCCUAACUGAAACGUGAAGGCUUUCCCAAUUCUUAGUAAGACAUUACCUAUUAUGAAUAUCCAAUAGUCAAUUCCAUUUUUCAUUUUGUAAAUAUGUGAUAUGACAUGCUCACUAUAUUCUUAAUUUUUUUCAUCAAUUUUCUACUCCAACAUGCUCUGGUGAUUUAUACAUGACUUGAUAUGUUUUAAAAAGAUGGCUGUUCUAUACAUUAACAGAUUAUGACAUCUCUAUUGCAUUUCUUUCCACAUCAGCAUUUGACUAUAACUAAUUAGUUACUAACUAUAAUUAAUCGAGUUUUCUAAACAACGAAUUCUUUCAUUCGUUCUAGUUUCAACAAUGGAAGCUAGAAUGUCACUAAUGAUUGACUGAUAUAUUUAAUGGAAUGAGUCAUAUUUUUUGGUAUCUUGAAUUCUUCUGGAUCAGUGACACAAUUUAGCUCUUUACCUUAAUUUAGUUUAAAAUCCACGCGAGUACAAUGAUUUUAGGGUAUGCAUAACUUAAAUUUGCUGAAACGGCCAUAAAUUUAUCAUCCACUUCAAAUUUAAUGCAUAAUCUAGUGUUUGUAGUUGUUUUGUUAGAAGAAUUUAUGAACUAUUCGUAAUGUUCAUCAUGAUUUCCUUCUUUUUCUUAAUCAACAGUUAAAGUGUGUACCUACCUUCUUUUUUUGUUUUUCAAUACAGUUGCAUUUAUAUGUUACAAGGAUUUUAAACUUUUUUGCUUGUGUUGUGAAGCGCUAUUUUAUUUAAAAAUCCCAAGCUGACACAGUUU